CGCGGGCCGCGGGCGAGCACGCCGCAGCCAGCCAAGCCUCAGGGCGGCCGGCCAGCAGUUCGAGGCCUCCGCUAUCCGGAUGUGAUGAAAAGGAGCCACCGAGGGGACAAGCGCGGCGGGAGCGGAGCCGAGAGCAGGGGGCGGCGGGUGCAGAGGCGGAGCGGGCUAGCAGGCCUGGGCAGGGGCCACGGCCCGAGCGCGGGGCGGGAGCGCGCAGCCGGAGCCGCCACGUCUGGGGGCUGAGCCGGAGGGAGGCUCGGAGGGCCGCGCGGGGGCGGCAGCCGCGGCUGGCAGGCCUCUGGGCGCGAUGUGGCCGCUGCCUGAGCCGCGCUAACUUUUCCCCGGACGGAAGAGGAGGAGGAAGGGGCUUGGAGCGACCGGGGCUGGGGUGGGAUGCUGAGAAGCAGUCGGGUCCCUGAGCCCGACACGUCCCGAGCGUCCCCGGGCGCGCCCGGCGGGGCGGCGAGCUAGGCGGCGGCGGCUGCGGCGCGGCGCGGUGCGGUGCGGUGGCGCGGGGCUCGGCGCAGCGGGCCCAUGUCCGGCGCGGACGAAGCCCUGGCUCCCGGGCCCGAGGCGGGCAGUGGCCGCCAGGGCUCUCUGGCCCACGAAAAAUGUGACAAAGAAAAUACUGACACAGAUAUAACUCAAGCUACUAAAAGCCACUUCGCACAUGGAGAGAUGCAAGACCAGUCCAUUUGGGGAAAUCCUUCAGGUAGCGAACUCAUCAGAACCCAACCUCAGCGCUUACCCCGGAUUCAAGCUUCAGCACAGGAACUCAGCGAGGAGGAAUUCAGCAAGAUAAGAAAUGGUGGCCACACGGGCUUGAGCAAUGGAAAUGGAAUUCACCACGCGGCCAAACACGCGUCCACAGAUCAUCGCAAACUUUCAGCGCCUGUUUCUCAAAAAAUGCAUCGAAAAAUUCAAUCCAGCUUGUCUGUAAACAGCGAUAUCAGCAAGAAGAGUAAAGUCAAUGCCGUCUUUUCCCAAAAGACAGGCUCUUCACCUGAAGAUUGCUGUGUCCACUGUAUCCUGGCGUGCCUGUUCUGUGAAUUCCUCACCCUCUGCAACAUUGUCCUGGGACAAGCUUCGUGUGGCAUCUGCCCCUCGGAAGCCUGCUGCUGCUGCUGUGGGGACGAAAUGGGAGAUGACUGUAACAGUCCCUGUGACAUGGAUUGUGGCAUCAUGGAUGCUUGUUGUGAAUCAUCAGACUGUUUGGAAAUCUGUAUGGAAUGCUGUGGAAUUUGUUUUCCUUCAUAAAUAUUUAUCUUUUGUUUGUGUUAAAACUGGAGAACCUUUUCAACUUUUCUUGUUAGGGGGCAGAGAAGCAUGUGGUGAGAUUCUCAUG